AAGAGUGGCAUUUUCUAGAGAGAGAAAGACUUUUUACCUUAUAGAGAGAGAAGAAGGUGUGGCCACUCUGGGAGACAACGAAGAGCACCAACUGCAAUAAUAUAUCUGUAAAUCUCUCUCUCUCUUCUACAAUCGUCUGGUUACAAUCCUUAUUCUCUUACAAUGUCAGCAUUAUAGCAGUAAACACUCCAGCACAGCUUCUAUUUCCUCUACAAACUUCCAACGAUUUUGAACGAUUUCAAUCAUGUCUUCCAAGAUCAAAUCUUCUUUGUCUGAAACUCCUAAUAGUAAAUCGUCACCUGCAACUCCUCGUAUUAGUAAAGUAGUCAGAGGAGUGUCUAAACCUGCUGCCGCUGGUGGCGGUGCUGGUGGUGAUUCACCGUCUCCACUUCAAAGUUCUCGUUUAUCGAUUGAUCGUUCGCCUAGAUCUGCGAAUUCUAAGCCUUCUUUGGAUCGUCGUUCGCCAAAGCUUCCUAUUACUCCUCCUACUGAUAAACCACAACAAACACGUGCUGUUUCCAAAGCAUCAUCAGAAUUACUUGCUCAAUUAACACUUGUUAAGGAAGAUCUCGAGAAAGCUAAGGAGAAAUUGGUUCAAGUUGAAAAUGAGAAAUCUCAGUCCCAUGAAGAACUGAAAGAAGCCCAGAGAUUAGCCGAGGAAGCAAAUGAGAAGCUCAGAGAGGCUUUAGUUGCUCAAAAGCGAGCUGAAGAGGAUCUGGAGAUUGAGAAAUUUAGAGCAGUUGAGUUCGAACAGGCAGGGAUUGAAGCUACUUAUUCAAAAGAUGAAACAUGGCAGAAAGAACUUGAAUCUGUUAGAAACCAACAUGCUGUUGACCUCUCUUCUCUUCUUUCAACUACUGAAGAACUCGAAAGGCUUAAACAAGAACUCUCAAUGACAAAUGAUGCCAAAACCCAAGCUCUUGCUCACGCAGAAGAUGCAACCAAGAUCGCUGAAAUCCACGUUCAGAAAGUCGAGAUUCUCUCCGCUGAAUUAACCAAGCUGAAGAAAUCAUUAGAGUUCAAGAUUGAGACAGAAACUAACGAGACCCAUAAGAUGGUUUCCGAAUUGCAUUCAGAGGUCGAAACCCUAAAAGAGGAACUCCAAAAAGCGAAAACAUUUGAGGCGAAGUCAUUAGAAAAGGAAGCUUCCAUCCAACAAGAUAGUCUCGAGAAAGCGAGAUUAUUUGAGGAGAAACUAUUAGAGAAGGAAGCAUCGAUUGAACAACUAAACGUCGAGCUUGAGGCUGCAAAGUUGGCCGAAUCAUACGCACAUAGUUUAGUAUCGGAAUUGAAGAGGAAAACCGAUGAACUCGAUGCUCGCGCAACCGAAUCAAGUCGGUUGGAGAAAUCAGCAUCUGAAUCUCUCGAAUCCGUAAUGAAACAGUUAGAGGAUAGCAACGAUCUAUUGCAAGACGCUGAAUCUGAAAUCUUUUCCCUUAGGGAAAAGGUCGGUCUUUUGGAAAUCUCACUUCGCGGGCAUAAAGGGGACAUGGAGGAAUCGGAUCGACGAUUCGAUAUAGUUAAGAAAGAAGCUUCCGAAACAGUGAGCAAACUCGAAAAGCUACAAAACGAGCUUGAAAUCGUUAAAGAAGAGAAGAACCAAGCUCUCAAUAACGAAAAGCUCGCAGCUGAAAGCGUCCAGACGUUAUUGGAAGAGAAGAACAAACUGAUAAACGAACUCGAUAAAGUCAAAGACGAAGAAGAGAAGAGCAAGAAAGCAAUGGAAAGCUUAGCUGCCGCACUGCACGAAGUUUCUUCCGAAGCGCGGGAGAUAAAGGAGAAAUUUCUCUCGAUUCAAUCUGAGCAUCAAUUCUCUGAAUCCCAGAUUGAAGAUCUGAAGUUAGUCUUGAAAGCAACAAACGAGAAGUAUGAAUCAAUGCUUGACAAGCUAAAGCUCGAAAGCGAUGAACUUUCGAAGAAAACCGAAUUAGCGAGCCGCGAACACGAACAAUCUGCCACCGAAUGGGAACAGAAAGAACUUCAUUUCACGAAAUCUAUCAACAGCUUGGAAAACGAAUUAUCCGAGAAGGAAAAGGAAAUAAGCAGGCUGGAGGUUACACUCAAGCAAGCUGAGGAAGAGGUUUCAUCUGUAAAGAAUGAAGGAAUUGAACUGAAGAAGAAUUUGAAGGAUUCUGAAACUGAAAUAAUCUACUUGAAGGAAGUCCUGGGAGAAGCGAAAGGCGAGAGCAUGAAGUUCAAGGAGAGUUUACUCGACAAAGAAACCGAACUUCAAAACAUUAUUCACGAGAACGACGACCUUCGAGCCAAGGAAGCUUCUUCUCUUAUCCGUAUCAACGAGCUAACUAAGUUACUAGAGGAAUCCAUGGCUAGGAAGAAGGUAUUGGAAGUGGAGGAAAACGGAGACGUGGAGUUCUCCGGUAGCGAAAAAGAUUACGACAUGCUUCCCAAGGUGGUUGAAUUCUCCGAGCAGAAUGGCGCGGUGGAAGACUCGAUCCUGAAAGAGAUUGACGUCGUUGUUAAGAAAGAAGAGAACAGCGGAGGUGUGGUAGACAAUAAGGAGGAUGAGGACGACAAACAAUCGGUGGAGACUGAACUGAAAAUGUGGGAGAGCUGUAAGAUAGAAGAGAAGGAUUUCUCGCCCGAGGGUGAGGGAGAAGGAAAAGGGGAGUCGUUUGAAGAGGAAGUCGAGGGAAAGGAAGUGACAAACGGAGUAUCGUCAUUGGCAGCUGGUGGGGCUGUGGAAAACGGGGGAAUGUCGUCGCCGACAAAGGUGCAAAGUUUGAGGAAGAAGAAGCCUUUACUUGGAAAUUUGUCAAGUUUGAUAAAGAAAAAAGUUGAAUUGUCCGAGCAGAAUGGCGCGGUGGAAGACUCGAUCCUGAAAGAGAACGAUGUCGUUGUUAAGAAAGAAGAGAAUAACGGAGGUGUGGUAGACAAUAAGGACGAUAAUGACGAGGAGGACGACGCACAUUCAGUGGAGACUGAACUGAAAAUGUGGGAGAGCUGUAAGAUAGAAGAGAAGGAUUUCUCCCCCGAGGUCGAGGGGGAAGGAGAAGUCGAAGGGGAGUCGUUUGAAGAGGAAGUGGAGGGAAAGGAAGUGACGAACGGAGUAUCGUCGUUGGCGGCUGGUGGGGCGGUUGAAAACGGGGGAACGACGUCGCCCACGAAGGUGCAAAUUUUGAAGAAGAAGAAGCCUUUACUUGGAAAAUUUUCAAGUUUGCUAAAGAAGAAAGGAAGUAGCACAAAGAAGUGAAGUUGUUAAGUAAAGAAGGUAAUAUUGUUAUUAUUAUGAUUAUUAUUGUUUGCAUAUUUUUAUUUUGGGGUUUGUAAGAAAGAAAAAUACACGAGAAAGAGGGGAUUUGUAUGAUCAUGUUUCAUUCUCAACAUUUACUAUU